UUUCAGCCUUCCAGAACCUUCUUGUCUGCUGGACAGAGCCUGUGAACCAGCAGAAAUAUCAAGCCCUAAGGGAAGAGCGAAAGAUCACCACAGUGGCUUCCCACCAGCUGACCGAGACCACAGAGAGAGACAUUUCCCAAGAAUGGAGCCACUGGCAACGACCUUUUGUCCUCUGGAAUCCACACAGUACACCGGAAACGAAUCCCUAAAUGGAACCACCUGGUCUUCAAAGCAAGUGGUUGACUAUAGUUAUAUUUCUGUUUCCCUGGUGAUCUGUAUGCUGGGCCUGACUGGGAACGGACUUUUGAUAUGGUUCCUCGUCUUCUGUGUCAAGAGGAAGCCAUUCUCCAUCUACCUCCUGCAUCUCGCCAUUGCCGACUUCAUGGUUCUCCUCUGUUCGUCCGUCAUUCAGUUAGUGAACACCUUCCACAUCCAUGACGUCACCUUACUGAGCUAUGCCAUCUUCCUCAUGAUCUUUGGCUACAACACGGGCCUACACCUCCUCACAGCCAUCAGCGUGGAGCGAUGCCUUUCAGUGCUUUACCCAAUCUGGUACCAGUGCCGGCGCCCAAAGCACCAGUCUGCCGUGGCCUGUGCGCUGCUGUGGGCCCUCUCUGUGCUCGUGUCUGGGUUGGAAAACUUCUUCUGCAUCCUGGAAGUGAAGCCCCGAUUCCCAGAAUGCCGUUACGUGUACAUAUUUUCCUGUAUCUUGACAUUCCUGGUCUUUGUGCCUCUCAUGGUCUUCUCCAAUCUAAUCCUCUUCAUCCAGGUCUGCUGCAACCUGAAGCCACGCCAGCCCGCCAAGCUCUACGUGAUCAUCAUGGCCACGGUCAUCCUGUUUCUCGUCUUUGCCAUGCCCAUGAAGGUGUUGCUCAUCGUCGGCUACUAUUCCAACUCAACAGACGAAUCCGUCUGGAAAUCCCUCCCUUACCUGACCAUGCUGUCCACCAUCAACUGCAGCAUCAACCCAGUUGUCUAUGUCGUGGUAGGCAGUCUGAGCAGGAAGAGGAGACAGAAGUCUCUGAAAGAAGCCCUGCAGAAGGUCUUUGAGGAAAAGACAGCCGUGGGCUCCAGGGAGGAUGUUGCACAGUUCCCUCCUCUUUCGUGACCUCCUGCUAGGAUAGCCCCAAGGAAGGACGCUUGAUGUCAUCCCCGUGUGGGAAUAUAAGACUGUUCUGAAACCACUUCGCUAUCUUCCCACCUGGUGGUUCACCUAAGAUGAAAGGGAAAGUCCUUCAUCCCUCCGGCAAGAAAUGAUAAUGAGACACCCUGUACACAGGACGUACUUGGCCGCUGACAACUUGAUGGGGCUCAUGGCUUUUGCCAGUCCUGGGGAUUGGCUCUUGAGCGUCCUACGUGCUGGGCAAGUUCUCUAGCACAGAGCUCUGACCCUUGCUUGACCUUGCCUUCCCAGCACAGAACUCCAUGUCCCAACCUGUCUCACAUCAUCUUCUUGUCACCCUUAGGAGCCACUGUUAUCGAUCUACUGUCACAGAUAAAGGUAAGAGGUUUAGUGAGGACUCAGAAUAUGGAUGGUGCUGAUCCAGACUGUGACCUAAGGAGUCUGACCCCCAAACCCACCCUUGAGACCAUAAAGCCCAGGGCAGUCUUUGAGAGGCACUAUGAACUAUACUUUAGUCGGAUAUCACUCCUCACUUCCUCUCCCUUGGGUCUCCCCUUUCCAUCUUGUCCUUCAAACGCAUCAGAAGAAAACAGGUCAGUACAGAUAAGGGACACCUAUGCUACC